UUUUGAUUCGAGGGCUAUUGUGUUGAAAAUAUUCAUUUGUUCUUGGUCUUUUGGUGUUGUUUUUAACCUCUUGGCGACUACAACGUUCCAAGCAAUGGUGUUUCCAGCAACGGUAAUUGGAUAUAAGUAUUUGUUUGCCUAAAGAUAUUUUUUAAACAGCUAUGAACAUUUUAGUUAAUGGCUUUUAGGACACAUGAACUUAGUUUCAAUAAUGCUGGAAUCAAAAGUCUUGAUCUUCUAGAAUUGCCAUCAACAUUAUAUUGUUUAAGUUUGCAUGGGAAUCAGAUUAGGCAGAUAGAGAAUUUGUCUCAUUUAAAGUUUCUUAAGCAAUUGGACUUGUCCUCAAACUGUAUCACUAAAAUAUCUUCUUUAGAGCAAUGCUCCUCCUUAGCAGUUUUAAAUCUUUCUUGCAACAGCAUCACAAAAGUAGAAGGUUUAGAAGCAUUGAGAAAUCUAGUUCACAUUGAUUUAUCAUACAAUAAGAUUUCUCACAUAUCUGGUUUGGAAUGUUUCACUGAAAAAACGCAUAGGUUACAAUAUCUUGAUUUGUUUGGAAAUAAUCUAACGUCACUAAAACAUGUAGUGUCUUCUCUUUGUUUUUGCAAAACUCUUACUGUUAUAAGGCUUCAGUUGAAUAAUGCUACAAACCCAGUUUGUUUUGUACCAGGUUAUCGUUCAGUUCUUGUUUCGCAGAUGCCUUGGAUAAAUAGUUUAGACGGACUAGAUAAGUUGGGUAAUGUAGUCGUUGAAGAUGACAAUAAUAUACCAGGUCUUGGUGAGUAUUUAGAACUAUUAGAGACAUCUUCUACUUCUAUUGUACAAUCAUCUGCUUCUGUUCGACAAUCAUCAAAUUCUAUUCAACAAUCAUCUACUUCUGUUCAACAGUUAUCUGCUCCUGUUCCACAAUCAUCUGAUUCUGUUCCACAAUUAUCAACUUCUGUCCAACAACCGCGUGAGCAAUCUAAAGAAAAUAAAUUUGGGAUUGAAAACAUAGUUACACCGAAAAUUGAUUUUGCUUUAUUAAAGCACAAACAAAGAAACAAAAUGGAUUCAAAAGACAUUUUAAAUGAUGAGAUCUCUCAAGAAGCUAAUAUAGUCACAGAAAGAUUAGAUUCAAUAGAAGAUAAAUUGCAUACUCUUGUUGAUCUUUGUGUAAAGAGAGAGAAUUUAAAAGAAAUUAUUGUUCCUCCUUCUCACGAUAUCUAUGAAUCAGACUCUGUGAAUGAAGGAACUGAAGAAAGUUUUAAACUAAAUAAUUUUCUAGGCGAAAAUGAUGGAAAAAAGUGUAUUAAAAAAAACAAAAACAAGUCUGUUACCUUUCCUGAAAAGUGCAUAAUAAAAAAAAAGUUGGGAAAUGAUAAUAAAAAAACAAAAAGAUCAAUAAAUGAGAAGAGAACCAUUAAAGUUCAAGAAAAGAAUUUAAAAACACAUAAAUAUGUUAGAAGUCCACAAGAAGAUGAGACUUGUUUGGCAUUAAUGCAGGAGGUAAAUACAGAGAGAGAAAGAAGAUGGAAAGCUGAGCAAGCAUCAAGUAAACUUAUGGAAAACAUGAAGAAGUUUCAAGAAAGAAUAAUUGAAGAUAAAAAAUUUCAAGAUGGGGCUGUUGCUGUGACUGAAAAACUUAAAGAAGUAUAUAACAGAGAAAAAAAGUCAAGAUUAGAUAUUGAGAAUCUUUUAAAAAAAUGUCAGGAAGAAAACACUGCUCUCAAAGAUCAAAUUAAUAUUCUUCAAAGAAAUGAAUCUGAUCAGAAGAAAAUGAUUGUUAAUUUACAUGAAACCAUUACUAAGCUUGAGAAAGAUAAAACAGAACAACUGAUUGAUUGUAAAAGUACAUACCAAAACUUACAGUUUGAUGCUGGUGCGUUGAAAAAAGAAUUAGAGCUUUUACAAUUUUCUUCAGAAAAGCAAAAAGAGCAAGUUAUUCAGUUACAAGAGCUUCUUAUAUCAAGAGAGUGUGAACACAAGAAACUAUUGGAAGGUAUGAUCCCAGCAAAUGGGAAAGAAGUUCAGGAACUUGUUGAGAAGGCAGUCAUUAAAGAACAUCAGCAAGAUUUUGAUUCCAUCAAUAAAUACAAGCUAAGACUAGAAGAAAAAAAUAGAGAAUACAAUGCUCUAGAAGAUGAAUUCAGAAUGGCACUUCAAUUAGAAUCAAAUCGAUAUAAUGAGCUCCAUGAAGCUUAUGAACAAAGUCAAAAUGAAUUUCAUGAGCUCAGUGUUGAUUAUAAAACUAUUAAAGAAAAAGAAAUUGACAGUCAGUCACUUAUAGCUGAACUUACUUCAGUAGUUAAAGAACAGAAACUCAAGAUAGCAGAGUUAGUACAGCGAAAGCAAGAAGCUAUAGUGAAUUACAAGGAUCAAAUAAAAUCAUUGGAAAUUGAAGUUACAAAACUGAGAAAACUUGCUGUAAAAGUUGAAAGUCUCCAGCAGGACAAAGAUAGAAUGGUUUCACAUAUUUGUAACCAAGAAGCGGUGGUUCAAGGUUUAAGAUCAGAAAGAAAAUGUUGGAAUGAAGAGCUUGCUCAGCAAAGUUCAUCAUUGGUUUUAGACUGUAACAGGUUGAAUGCUCAAGUUGAAGCUCAAAAAAAUGAAAUUUCUAUUUUAAAUAAUAAGCUCACAGACCUUGAAGAUGCUUUAAAGAUAAAGGCCAAGAUGAUUUUAGAUCAAACAGACACAAUAAAGAAUUUAAAAAUGGAAAUGGUAAAAGUUAAGAAUGAAUCAAAGAUUUCCAUUGAAGAAUAUAAUAAAGAACGUCUUUGUAUAGAAGAAGAACUUGAGCAAGAAAAAAUGUUAAAUAAAAAUUUACAAGAAAAGUUAGAAAGGUUAAAUGAACAGAAAAAAGAGUUAAAAGAACAUAUUUUAUCAUGUGAAAAAGAGCUUACCCAAUCUAAAAAUGAAGCUAGGGGACUUCGUGAGAAGUGGAAAGAACGCAGCGAGAUUAUUGAUCAAUUAGAAAAUAAAGUUUUAAAGAUGAAAAAUUCAUUUGAUGAAAAAGAAAAACUUAUAAAAGAAGAAAAUCAACUUCUGAAACAAAAUCUAAAAGUAGCAGAGAACAAACUUUUACAAAUACAAAAUGAGCAUGAAAAAGAAAAAGACUUAAUAAAAAAUGAUUUUGAGCUGAGAAUAAGACAAAUAAUUGCACAGAAAGAUGAUGAAUUACAAAAUGCAAAACAUCAGGUUAGUUGUGUAGAAGAAGAAAUGAGAGAUUUACUGUUGGAAAGUGUUAACCAAAAAAAGUCGUUCGAAAACAGAAUUAAAAAACUUUCUAACGCAUUUACAGAAGUACAAAAUGGUUUAAUUUAAA